CAUAGAUUCACUGACCGAAAUCCCGGUUACCGAAUAGAGUGGCAGAUGCAACGUAAGAAAGCCUUGUGGCCGCAACGACGGUCAACAACCCAAGCACGUCGCAAACGAUGUUCAAUCUGUCAUGACUUAGAUCCCCGGGGGCACGCAAGCUCCGUCUACAACUCGGAAUCUGAAAAAGCAGUUUUAGCAAAUCUCUCUGUUGUUUUGGACUUGUUCAGCCUCGCCAAGACUAAAGACCUUAGAGAAGGGGGUUGUCGGUUUUGCAAUGUACUAAUCCAAGCACUGGACGCCCUCUCAAUAGGGUGGAAUGGGUCCUCGCGCAGGGCUUUUAUGCAUUUGCAAGAAAAAGGCACUAUUCAGAUCGAGUUGGACAAUGAGAAGUGGAGAGGCGAAUUGGUAGAAAUGUAUGCAGGUUCAGCAUCUCGGGCUCCAUGGCCGACUUUAGGAACAGCACAGCACAUCCCAUCAAACUCUGGCUCCGACGAUACGUUCAACUUCGCUCGCCGUUGUAUCCAAGAUUGCAUGACGAAUCCAAGCCAUGCGAAUUGUAGACUACCUUCCAAAUCAUCAGGCUCUUCGCCGAGACGUCUGGUGGAUGUGGGACGAGCAGCUGCACCCAUUCGGUUAAUCGACACUCAAGGCAAAUCGUUCGAGUACGCGGCAUUGUCUCACUGCUGGGGUAGUGCUCCAUCACUCACUGCGACCAAGUCUAAUUGGAAGAAACUUGCUUCAAACAUUCCUUUCGAGGCACUCCCACCACUAUUCCAGGACACAGUGGUUAUCGUACGCCAGCUAGGCCUGCGUUAUAUAUGGAUUGAUUCACUUUGCAUUAUCCAAGACUCGGUUAGAGACUGGGAGACAGAGUCCGCAAAAAUGGGUGGAAUAUACGAAAACAGCUAUGUGACAAUAUCCGCAACCAGCUCUGGUGAUGGCAAUGCGCGAUGUUUAGUCGACCGGCAAAAGCCCGUCAGAUUGCGUUACGAAAACACGAAUGGCAAGGAAACAGUCAUACGAGCGAGGAAAACUAGAGAACAUCAUCCUGAUAAGCACGAGUCUACACCCGCAAAGCCGGUCGGUCGUUUAAUGACGCGAUCAUGGACGUUGCAAGAGCAUGUUCUAAGCACACGUGUCCUGCAUUAUACAGAUACCGAACUCCUUUUUGAGUGCAGAACUUCAUUCCGCUGCGAGUGCCGCCCGUCAAGGAAACCCUAUCCGACCACGCCAUCAUUUAUUCCUAGAGCAAUUACGAAAUCAAGAAAAACGUUCUCAGCCGUGUGGAAUGCGUGGCACAGGAUAGUUGAAGAAUACUCUAAGAGAGAUCUAACUGUAGAAACCGACAAGCUACCCGCUAUCUCUGGAAUUGCUAAGAAGAUUCAGGGUACCACUCGCUCACAGUACCUCGCAGGGCUGUGGGAACAGAACUUAGCGUCUGAUCUGCUCUGGUCUACGUCCUUGACUGCUUUGCCAGACGCACAUUAUUUUGCUUUGAGCAGCUAUCGUGCGCCGUCGUUCUCUUGGGCUAGUCUGAAUACUCCCGUGACUUUUUACAGCCCAGACGAAGAUGAAGAAGACACACUUACCUCCCUAAUAACACUGAUCUCGUCAUCCAUCUCCGUAUCUGGGCUCAAUCCGCUUGGAGCAGUUUCCGAAGCCUCCAUCAAACUCCAUGGCCCCAGUCGCCAUGGAACUCUCAUAUCCGAGCAAAGGGAGGGGUUAUGGGCAUAUACCUUGAUCAUGAAAGGGACAACAGCAAUCACCAUCUCACACGAUUGUCUCUUGGUGGAGGACAAGAUCAUCCCAGAAGACGAAACGGCCGAAUCAAAGUCGAAUGGUGUAAUGGAAAUAGUUGCUCGAAGAGCGCAGUGCGGGGAUAGACCAACGCCUUUUAAGGCAUCGGUGCUUUGUUUGGGUGUUGCUAGAUACGAUAGUUGGAUAUCAGGUCUCGUACUUGGUGCAUCGACAACAGAUAGAGGGACUUUUGAAAGGUUGGGGACAUUUUCAACCGGCUCGGAACCUUUCCAGCGCGCAGAAACAGAGGAGUUGGAGAUUGUUUGA